GAAUAUCUUUUCCUUCUCCCCUGUCCCUCACACCUACCAACUCAGCAAAGAAUAUCUGAUCCUUCUACUGUCCCUCACACCUACCAACUGAGCAAAGAAUAUCUGAUCCUUCUACUGUCCCUCACACCUACCAAUGCAAAGAAGAAUAUCUGAUCCUUCUACUGUCCCUCACACCUACCGACUGAGCAAAGAAUAUCUGGUGCUUCUACUGUCCCUCACACCUACCAACUCAGGAAAGAAUACCUGAUCCUUCUACUGUCCCUCACACCUACCGACUGAGCAAAGAAUAUCUGAUCCUUCUACUGUCCCUCACACCUACCGACUGAGCAAAGAAUAUCUGGUGCUUCUACUGUCCCUCACACCUACCAACUCAGGAAAGAAUACCUGAUCCUUCUACUGUCCCUCACACCUACCGACUGAGCAAAGAAUACCUGAUCCUUCUACUGUCCCUCACACCUACCGACUGAGCAAAGAAUACCUGAUCCUUCUACUGUCCCUCACACCUACCGACUGAGCAAAGAAUAUCUGGUGCUUCUACUGUCCCUCACACCUACCGACUGAGCAAAGAAUAUCUGAUCCUUCUACUGCCCCUCACACCUACCGACUGAGCAAAGAAUAUCUGAUCCUUCUACUGUCCCUCACACCUACCAACUCAGGAAAGAAUAUCUGAUCCUUCUACUGCCCCUCACACCUACCAACUGAUCAAAGAAUAUCUGAUCCUUCUACUGUCCCUCACACCUACCAACUCAGGAAAGAAUACCUGAUCCUUCUACUGUCCCUCACACCUAGGAUUCUAAUUCUGUUCCUGUCCACACCUACCAUGGGGGCAAAGGACAGCUGAUUCUACUACUGUUUUAUUACAUCUUAAGCAAAUGUUAUCUAACUCAUCUCUGGUAGCUCAGAUUGGCCAACAAUUUAUUUGAUUGCACUACAGUUCCUCACAUCUGCAAGGAGACCCCAAGCAAGGGGACAGCAUCAAACACCCUAUAGAGUGGUGCCACCCUCACAACUAUUUCUGCAAAGCCUAAAGCCCAAACUGUAGAUACUGUAUCAUUUUACUCAUCUAAAUAUACACGGAGCCAUGGUUUUGGUUGUGCAUCUUCUGUGCUGUCUGUUGGGACUUGGUUCUUGGGUAGCUAUCAAUGGGGUCUGGGUGGAACUGCCCUUGAUUGUGCCACAUGCUCCAGAGGGCUGGGAACUGCCCUCAUACCUCACACUUCUAAUCCAGUUUGCCAACAUUGGCCCACUAGCAGUUACCCUUACACACAAAUUCCAGCCUAAGCGUCUGAACGAGGGGCUAGUGAUAUAUCUGCUGCUUGUGGUCGGGGCAUUGACUUGUUUGCUGUUGACCUUCCUCUGGAAUGAGACAAGCUGGAUAGGUGGGUCCAGGAGAAGCACAGCUCUGUUGGCUUUGAUUUUCUGUCUGGCACUGGUAGACUGCACAUCUUCUGUCACCUUUUUGCCAUACAUGAGUCGACUCAGACCUGUGUACCUCACCACCUACUUUGUUGGGGAAGGUCUAAGUGGGCUGAUGCCAGCUUUGAUUGCCCUGGGACAGGGAGUUGGCAUGGUACAUUGUGUAUCUGAAAAUGCAACACAGGCAAAUGGAACCCAGAUGAAUGUGACGCUCAGCACACAGUACCAGCAGGCCAACUUCCCAGUGUGGGGUUUCUUCUUGUUCCUGACAGGCAUGAUGGCCACCUCCCUGCUUUCUUUCAUCAUGCUAAACCGAAUGCCCAACGAGACAUGCCAGAUACAAGACAGGGAAAGGAUGGAGGAAGCGGCGGUAGAUUCAGGGGGUGUGGAGCAGAGCCCAAUGAUGGGGGAGCCAGUGGCUAGAGCCAAGGAGGGAACGGGAAGUCAGAAAGGAAAAACAACAUACACCUGGGUGCAGGGCCUGUUUAUCUUCCUAGUCCUGGGCUGGGUCAAUGCCCUCACCAAUGCAGUCCUGCCCGCAGUGCAGACCUACUCCUGCAUGCCCUAUGGAGGGCAAAUCUACCACCUGGCUGCAACACUCGCUGCAAUGGCAAAUCCACUGGCAUGUGGUAUUGCAAUGUACCUGCCCGACAGAUCUCUCCUAUCAAUGGGCAUCCUGACUGUAACGGGCACUGGCAUUGGUUGUUAUAUUAUGGGCAUGGCAGUUCUGAGCCCGUGCCCCCUCCUGCUUUACUCCAGCGCUGGGGGCGCCAUCAUUGUGCUGUGCUGGGUGCUGUUUGUGGGGAUCCUCUCUUAUGUCAAGGUGAUUAUUGGGGUGAUCCUGAGAGAUGAAGGACACGGGGCGCUCGUAUGGUGUGGGGCAGUUGUACAGCUUGGCUCAAUGGCGGGGGCGCUCACCAUGUUCCCCCUAGUUAAUGUUUAUAAGUUUUUCCAUGCGGGGGACCCCUGUUCUAACAGAUGCCCCAUGUAGUACUGUGUGCGCCCCAAAUCUCACACCUGUUUGCGGCCGGGUUUGGGGGACAAGUAACUUGGGGGUAACAAGGACAGAGAGUGGGACAUUUAGCAGGAAGGGGCUGGGGGCACAAGUGGGGCCUAUUAUUGGCCAUUCUGUCCCCCAGGAACCCCCUCCAACUUCUACAGGGUUUGUGACUCUAUGGCUGUGGGAGGAGCAACAGGCGGGGCUUGGGUAAGGUGGCAACAUUAUUAGGCCAUGCCCCAUUUUGUUCUUGCCCCUAUAAGCCACUCCCUAUUCUUCAGAUAAACCUGAGCAGCAGCCCUUCCAGUUUUAUUAACGAUUCCCCCCCCCUCCCUAUGGCUUUAUCCCCCACCUCUUCACAACUCUAAUGUUAUUGGGUAAGAGCCCCUGUACUUGAGUUACAGUUCUAACACUAUUCCCUAUAGGUCGACCACGGCCCCUGCAGACUGAUAUAGUGUCUGGCAGGGGGAGUGGCUUUCUCUAUUGGCUGCAGGUCCCAAGCGGAGCUCCAUCUGAGCCUGGGAGCAGACUGAUAUAGUGUCUGGAAGGGGGAGUGGCUUUCUCUAUUGGCUGCAGGUCCCAAGCGGAGCUCCAUCUGAGCCUGGGAGCAGACUGAUAUAGUGUCUGGAAGGGGGAGUGGCUUUAUCUAUUGGCUGCAGGUCCCAAGCGGAGCUCCAUCUGAGCCUGGGAGCAGGCUGAUAUAGUGUCUGGCAGGGGGAGUGGCUUUCUCUAUUGGCUGCAGGUCCCAAGCGGAGCUCCAUCUGAGCCUGGGAGCAGACUGAUAUAGUGUCUGGCAGGGGGAGUGGCUUUCUCUAUUGGCUGCAGGUCCCAAGCGGAGCUCCAUCUGAGCCUGGGAGCAGACUGAUAUAGUGUCUGGCAGGGGGAGUGGCUUUCUCUAUUGGCUGCAGGUCCCAAGCGGAGCUCCAUCUGAGCCUGGGAGCAGACUGAUAUAGUGUCUGGCAGGGGGAGUGGCUUUCUCUAUUGGCUGCAGGUCCCAAGCGGAGCUCCAUCUGAGCCUGGGAGCAGGCUGAUAUAGUGUCUGGCAGGGGGAGUGGCUUUCUCUAUUGGCUGCAGGUCCCAAGCAGAGCUCCAUCUGAGCCUGGGAGCAGACUGAUAUAGUGUCUGGCAGGGGGUGUGGCUUUCUCUAUUGGCUGCAGGUCCCAAGCAGAGCUCCAUCUGAGCCUGGGAGCAGACUGAUAUAGUGUCUGGCAGGGGGAGUGGCUUUCUCUAUUGGCUGCAGGUCCCAAGCGGAGCUCCAUCUGAGCCUGGGAGCAGGCUGAUAUAGUGUCUGGCAGGGGGAGUGGCUUUCUCUAUUGGCUGCAGGUCCCAAGCGGAGCUCCAUCUGAGCCUGGAGCAGGCUGAUAUAGUGUCUGGCAGGGGGAGUGGCUUUCUCUAUUGGCUGCAGGUCCCAAGCGGAGCUCCAUCUGAGCCUGGGAGCAGACUGAUAUAGUGUCUGGCAGGGGGAGUGGCUUUCUCUAUUGGCUGCAGGUCCCAAGCGGAGCUCCAUCUGAGCCUGGGAGCAGACUGAUAUAGUGUCUGGCAGGGGGUGUGGCUUUCUCUAUUGGCUGCAGUCCCAAGCGGAGCUCCAUCUGAGCCUGGGAGCAGACUGAUAUAGUGUCUGGCAGGGGGAGUGGCUUUCUCUAUUGGCUGCAGGUCCCAAGCGGAGCUCCAUCUGAGCCUGGGAGCAGACUGAUAUAGUGUCUGGCAGGGCGAGUGGCUUUCUCUAUUGGCUGCAGGUCCCAAGCGGAGCUCCAUCUGAGCCUGGGAGCAGGCUGAUAUAGUGUCUGGCAGGGGGAGUGGCUUUCUCUAUUGGCUGCAGGUCCCAAGCGGAGCUCCAUCUGAGCCUGGAGCAGGCUGAUAUAGUGUCUGGCAGGGGGAGUGGCUUUCUCUAUUGGCUGCAGGUCCCAAGCGGAGCUCCAUCUGAGCCUGGGAGCAGACUGAUAUAGUGUCUGGCAGGGGGAGUGGCUUUCUCUAUUGGCUGCAGGUCCCAAGCGGAGCUCAUCUGAGCCUGGGAGGCAGACUGAUAUAGUGUCUGGCAGGGGGUGUGGCUUUCUCUAUUGGCUGCAGGUCCCAAGCGGAGCUCCAUCUGAGCCUGGGAGCAGACUGAUAUAGUGUCUGGCAGGGGGAGUGGCUUUCUCUAUUGGCUGCAGGUCCCAAGCGGAGCUCCAUCUGAGCCUGGGAGCAGACUGAUAUAGUGUCUGGCAGGGGGUGUGGCUUUCUCUAUUGGCUGCAGGUCCCAAGCGGAGCUCCAUCUGAGCCUGGAGCAGACUGAUAUAGUGUCUGGAAGGGGGUGUGGCUUUCUCUAUUGGCUGCAGGUCCCAAGCGGAGCUCCAUCUGAGCCUGGGAGCAGACUGAUAUAGUGUCUGGCAGGGGGAGUGGCUUUCUCUAUUGGCUGCAGGUCCCAAGCGGAGCUCCAUCUGAGCCUGGGAGCAGGCUGAUAUAGUGUCUGGCAGGGGGUGUGGCUUUCUCUAUUGGCUGCAGGUCCCAAGCGGAGCUCCAUCUGAGCCUGGGAGCAGGCUGAUAUAGUGUCUGGCAGGGGGAGUGGCUUUCUCUAUUGGCUGCAGGUCCCAAGCGGAGCUCCAUUGAGCCUGGGAGCAGGCUGAUAUAGUGUCUGGCAGGAGGGAGUGGCUUUCUAUAUUGGCUGCAGGUCCCAAGCGGAGCUCCAUUGAGCCUGGGAGCAGACUGUAGGCCCCAGUAACACGACUGGAACAACUGGGGACAGGGCCCUGUGAAUGAGGAAUAGAAAGCACAGCAGGGUAUUUAAUAGCAGCUCUAGGAGAGUGAGCACAGUCAGCCAUAGCUAGAAAGGGCAGCCAUUAGCCCCACCAUAGGAGACUGUAAGGGUUUAGCCUCCCCCAGGCUCUGUAUGCCUUGCUGUAGGGAACACAGUUCAGACACAGGUCUCAGGCUAGUAUUAACCCCUGAACCACCAUUGGCUGGAGGGAUCCAUUCCAGUAAAGGGCAUCCAUCUUGGGACUCCCGGCUACUACCCCUGCAUAUAUCCCUGUGGGCUACACUGUCUCUGUACCUUACAACUUGUACUAACUGUACCAACCUACCUCAGCUGCUGUGAGUAUUUACUGAUCCCUGCAUUAAUAACAUCUGUCUUGGACAAUAAAGAGUUAACUAGUUCAUCUGCAAGA